GGUGGGAUCGAAGGUGGCGCUGGCCAAUGGCUGAGCGCCGAGGGGACCCAAAGGGUGGGCUCUGCCGCUGCCCCGGCUUCUGGUUCGGGUGGGCGGGACAAGGCGGCUUUUCUGUGUCUCAGUGGUCGCGGUCGCCGCCUAUGCUGCUCCGCUUCCGGCUGUGCUCCCUCCAGUGUGAGCCUCCCCUCUGAGCCUCGGUCCGCAGCCAUGGACUCCGCCGCUCCCGCCGCCGGCUUCCUCUACUGGGUGGGCGCGAGCACCGUGGCCUACCUGGCCCUGCGGCUCUCCUACAGCCUCUUCUCGGCCUUCCGGAUCUGGGGCACGGCCCACGAGGCGGAGGUCGGGCCGGCGCUCGGCGAGUGGGCAGUUAUCACAGGAAGUACUGAUGGAAUUGGAAAAUCCUAUGCAGAAGAGUUAGCAAAGCGUGGAAUGAAGAUUGUCCUCAUCAGCCGAUCCCAGGAAAAACUGAAGGAGGUGGCUAAUGAAAUAAGAGAAAAAUUCAAAGUGGAAACCAAGACAAUUGCUGUUGACUUUGGAUCUAUUGAUAUCUAUAACAAGAUCCGCACAGACCUGGCCGGCCUCCAGAUUGGAGUUUUAGUGAACAAUGUGGGAAUGUCAUAUGAGUAUCCUGAAUACUUCUUGGAUGUUCCAGAUUUGGAUAAUGCCAUCAAUAAAUUGAUAAAUAUUAACAUCAUCUCUGUUUGUAAGAUGACACAAUUGGUGUUGCCCGGCAUGGUGGAAAGAUCUAAAGGUGCGAUUUUGAACAUCUCAUCUGCCAGUGGCAUGUAUCCCGUUCCACUGCUGUCUGUUUACUCAGCGACCAAGGCUUUUGGAGAUUUCUUCUCCCGGUGCCUCCAUGCGGAGUACAGGAGCAAGGGCGUCUUUGUGCAGAGUGUUCUACCUUUCUUUGUGGCUACAAAACUGGCAAAAAUCCGAAGACCAACCUUUGAUAAGCCGUCAUCAAAGACAUUUGUGAAGUCCGCAAUCAAGACAGUUGGUCUGCAGUCCCGUACCAAUGGCUAUCCAGUCCAUGCCCUUAUGGGUUGGAUCUUCUCACUGAUGCCUUCAUGGCUUUCCAUGAAAAUUUCAAUGUCUAUAAACAAGGGCCUGCGAGCUCGCCACCUGAAGAAGAGCAAGAAAACUUAAGCUGGGUGAUCUCGAUGAGGAUCUCCAGCAGAUGGUCCGAUGUAUCCUCGUGUUUUGGGAACCCUCCAGUUAUCACUUUUUAAUUUUGUAAUCAGACUAAAUGCUUUUGGGUUUGAGGAGAAAGUAAUAUUUAUUUCCAGGGCUUCUGCCUUGGAUUGCUUACUUGAUGCCAAUUGGACCAAGUCAGAACUUCAAAUAAGGGCUUAUCUCAUUCCAUGGGGAAUCCUUACCUAGAAAAACAAAACAGAAUCAGGCUUGGGGGAGGGGGGGAGGGCGUUGGGGGGAAGGGGACAGAGUGCAGGGCAGAUUGCCAGAGAGCUGCUUACUAACUCACAGAACUAGACGCCCAGCUAGGGACUGGAAAGGCUUCAUCAGGGCCAAAAAACUGACCCUCUCCUGCUUUUGUAAUUAUGAGGCAUUAUUUGUAUUGUCUGAGUUGUGCUACCUAAGUAGCAGCCUGGAUACUACUGCAAUAUUAACCCUUCUAAGGUGAGAGGAGGUUGAUUGGGUCCAGUGGUACUGGGUAGUUGGGGGUGGGGGGAGAGGAAGGGAGAUCCCCUGCAGUUUGUGCAGGCCUCUGUAAAGUCUUCUUAAAACUCUGUAAAGUCUUUGUCUUUGUGUCCCACACACCCAGUGUGGGGCCUGCCUGGCCCACAGCAGGGGCUGAAUAAAAUGCUGCUUGUGGCCACCUCA